CCCUUUGUAUAAAGUAAAUAAAAAUACGUUAUCAUUGGUUGAUAUUGAAAUAUAUGUACAUAUAUAUAUCGUCGUGGUUUCUUACUAUAGUGAUUUUAAACGGUUGUGAAACACGCAAAGGAGGGCCACUAAAUUGUAGUUAUCACAAUGAGCGAGAAGCAGCCCAUCAUCAGCUCGCAGCCGGACGGGUACCAGAAGGGACCUGUUGUAAUGGUACAGCCAGAGUUUGGUUCCGUGCAGGGCAAGAUUAUCAUUCCCAUGACCGGAAACAGGGAGUGGUCAUCCGGCCUCUUUGAUUGUACACAAGAUGUAACUAAUUGUGUAAUGGUAGCGUGUUUUGGGCCGUGUGUGCAGUGCCAAUUAUCAUCACGUAUGGGCGAGAUUCUAUGUGCUCCCGUGUGCAUUCCCGGAGCUAUGAUUGCCCUUAGACAGAGACUUCGUACUCUUGGUGGAAUACAGGGUUCUCUAUGUCAUGACUGCCUUGUGUUAAAUUUCUGUGGCGCAUGCGCAGUGUGUCAAAUGAAGAGAGAGAUGGAUGCAAUGGGAAUUGUAUAGAUGUCCUGUAAACGUUGUCCAAGACUGGCCAAUGCAUUGUGUUAUGCGAUCGUGUUUCAUCAAGUGCUGGUCAUUAAUACUAAAACUGUUUAACAAAGCAUAAUAUUGUGUGCAAAAUCAUUUUACAUCCUUUUGAACAUUUUGUCUUUUUGCAAACUUUUACUUUAUGUGAAAAAGAUACUUGCUGUCUGUCAAUCAUAACAAUAAAUCAUUGUCUUCAA